AUGGUCCGGUGGAGCAGUGCUUAUUAUGUGUUGAGCGUUGCCCUCCUGGGCGUGUGUGCUCGAGCCAGCUUGGUUGGGGGAAGGGGUUCCGAUGCGGAUCCCAUUGGGCUGGGACCGCUCGUCUGGGGUGGCAACAUUCACUUCACGGCAGAGCAACCCGGCGAGAUGGCACAGCUUGCUCAAGCCCUGAAGAUUGUUCGGAUGGACUUUAGUUGGGCACGGACGGAGACAGAACGGGGAGUCUACAACUUUUCGAGCUAUGACCAGCUUCUCACAACCACACGCGCCCACGGCGUGCGGAACUACUGGAUCUUGGACUUUGGCAACAGCCUGUACAGUCCGGGUGCGGCGGCUCCAGCGACGCCCGAGGCGGUGGCCGCUUUUGCUCGUUGGUCGGUGGCCGCCAUGACACAUUUUCGUGGACAAGGCAUCAUUUUCGAGCUGUACAACGAGCCCAACAUCCCCACUCCUGCCUCUGCAGAGGCAGUCACGCGCUGGGGUACAUGGUCACCUGUGGCGAACGCAUCGGCAUAUAUGGAUCUCUACGAUGCCCUCAUCGCCGCCAAGCAAGCUGCUGGGUUGGCAGACGUGCCCUUGGUAGCCCCGGCACUAGCGGGCGUGGAAGACGACUUUCUGACAACUUGCUUUGAGCGUGGUAUGCUUGAGACGGUUGAUGGACUCUCCUUACACCCUUACCGCGUGUCGGGCCCCGAAACCGUGAUAGAGGACUCUGCGCGAAUGCAUCUCAUGAUCCGCAACUACACGACACGAGACGUGCCCGUGGUUUCAGGAGAAUGGGGCUACUCUACUUGUACCAAUGGCUCGUAUGUCAAGCAUACUGCUCCGAUUGUCACGGCAGCGCACUGGGCUGCCAUCUACUGUGACAGAGGUGCAACAACGGGCCCCAAUACUCAAAGUGACCAAGCCAAGUUCUUGGCCCGGCAAUGGCUCGUCAAUGCCAUGUUAAACAUCCCAGUGUCCAUCUUCUACGAGUGGCGCAACGGUGGCGAUAAUAAGACGUAUGGCGAGGACAACUUUGGUAUUGUUGAGGCUAACUACGUCAACAUGAGCCACCCGUUUGUGCCCAAGGUGGCGUAUGCUGCGGCCAGUACGUUGCAAAGUCAGAUCAACUCGAGCACCUUCUCACAGCGCCUACCAGCUUACAAUUCCAGCAAGCAAGAGGAGUCUGACGAGGAUAUCUUUGUCUUGGCUUUUGCCAAUGCGACGCGCCUGGCCGUGUGGAAGAUCGACGGCGACACGAGCUGUGAUUUUGUUCCGCGUGUCUACACAGAUUGUGGUUUCUACGGCAUCACCGAGGCCCAGUGUUUGGCCCGCAACUGCUGUUUUAGCCCAAAGCCGUGGUCCAGCGAGCCCGAGUGCAACUUUCCACCCGUCACCAACACUUCCGGCUCAAUCACCUUGGUCGUUUCGCCCAAUGCCACCUACACGCGCAUUGCGAUGCUGGGCACACCUCUCACAAGCAUUACAGCCGAUGCGCAAGGGCAGAUCCGAGCAGUCAUCAACGAUGAGCCACAGUACUGGACACUCGUGUCGACCUCCUAG